CGGAGCGGGAGACGCUGAUGAUGGAGCUCACGCGUCUGGUGCAGAAGAGUGUGAGAGAGAGCAGCUGGUGGGAGAGGAGAGGAAUAGACUGCAGCAUCCUCACCGCAGCCUUCAUCAGUUUACCGGCAGGGUUCCUGUUGUUGGGUUCGUCUCAGCCGCUGUAUUUCCUGUCAGGUGUUCUGAUAAUGGGCGUGGCUCACGCUGUCAUCACCGUUAAAGGGACACACCUGGCCAGUCACGGCGCGCUCAGCGAGUCUCCGGCCUGGGCCGACUUCUGGGCCGUCUUCUUCAUCGAAGUGUGCGGCUCGUUCUCUGCGCGGGCCGGCGUUCAGGCUCACGUGAAGAUGCAUCACGCUCACACUAAUGUGAUCGGUCUGGGAGACUCCAGCACCUGGAAAAUCCCCUUCCUUCCUCGAUCCGUCUACCUGUUCAUCGCGCCGCUGGCCGUCCCCAUCAUCACGCCCAUCGUCGCCAUCAGUCAGCUGAAGGGUCAGUCUCCGCUCCAGAUCCUGCGCACCGUCCUGUGUGUGUGUCUGGGUUUUUUUUCUCAGUAUUACCUGCUCAGGUGUGUGUCAGGACUGUCGUGCAGCUCUGCUCUGGUGGUCAUGCUUCUGUGCAGAGCCAUGUUCUCCCUGCCGUACAUACACGUCAACAUAUUUCAGCACAUCGGCCUGUCAAUGUUUUCUGCCACUCACCGGCCCAAACGCAUCUACCAGAUGACACACGGAGUCCUGAACCUUCCCCGAAACCCGCUGCUGGACUGGACCUUCGGCCAUUCCCUCAUCAACUGCCACGUAGAGCAUCACCUCUUCCCAUUCCUGUCUGACAACAUGUGCCUGAAGGUGAAGCCUAUAGUGUCUCGGUAUCUGAAGGAGAAGAAGUUGCCGUAUCUGGAGGACGGUUACAUCUCCCGUCUGCGUCUGUUCUUCCACAAAUAUCAGGAGCUGAUGGUGUUUGCGCCACCCAUCACUGACCUGGUGGGAAUCCAGUGACAGAGGAAGAGGAUGAUGAGGAUGAAGAGCAGAAGACAAGGGAAGAUUGACACUGACAUGACGACGGUCAUGCUUUUCCAAAUGUUUCCAAAUUGUAUACAUGCGUUAAACUGGUGCAUGAAGGCAUUAGAAUUAAAGUUAACAUGAAACUCGGCUCACGAUCCAUUUUACUUGCAUAAUAUGAUGCAUUUAUGAAAGAAACAGGGUAUUCGACAAGAAAACAAAUGUAGGAUGAGACUUGAAUGAUGGCAUCAGCUGGAAAAGUUAGUGCUUUCAAUCUUGGAUGACAUUUUGAUGAAGGAUAAUGAAGCUAAACAUUUGUUUGUUCAGAAUAACAUGUACUGAUGAAGGACCAGGAAUGUGCAAUAAGAAAGUAAACCGCAUCGAAUCAGAAUUCGUGUUGACUUUAUCACAAGCAAUGCCGUGCAAAGAGAGCAUCUUCUCAUUUUAAAAAAAUGCAUUAAAAUAUACUUAAAAGGAGGAUUUCCUUCACACUGGUUUUUAUGACAGUGCUUCCUAUUCUCUAAGCUAAAUGGCAUUAUUGAAUGUAAAGAUCACUGCCUUAUGCACUGACGUCAGAUCAGUGCUAAUACAGCACUGCAGCUCUCAUCAUUCACGACCUCUGACCCCAGAUCAGCUCUCCGCUUCAAUAUAGCUGUAUGAAGACUAAAAAGAUGCACUAAACUUUACCUAUCUAUACAGGACACACUUUGACUUUGUUCCAAAGUUUAGUGAGCUGCCUUUGCUGUCUCUUAAAAGGACAGUUCACCUAAAAAUUAAAAUUCUGUCAUUUACUCACCCUCAAG